AUGCCUCUCGAUGAAGAAGGCGCCAAGUGGUCAUGCGAACCAUGCAUUCGAGGUCACCGAUCGUCGAAAUGCCAACACUUUGAUAGACUCAUGAUGAAGGUCCCCAAAGCUGGGCGACCUCUAGCAAAAUGUCCCCAUCCAAAAGGAACUUGCAGUUGCCAGAAGACAUAUGCCGUGAUGGUCCGGAUACCUAAAGGCUCAUCCUGUCUAUGCCGGCCAUUGUAUAAAGUUCCUAUGGAAGGCAAUGAAUCAACUCAGUCACCACCUACCCUGGCUUCUACAUCUUCUCCGGCCCCGGGCAAGGUUCAAAAGUCUGGAAGAAGACAAAGUACUAUGCAAGCAGCACCUGAAAAUAUUGCAAGGGCAUUGGAAAAUAUGCCAGACAAUCUCAAGAUUGAGGAUGGAACGCCAACUCACUUGCCAAACUUCUCCCAAUCUGGGCUAGAUUCAUACAAACCUUCUGCCACGCAAAACCACAAGCCGAUAUCACCCAAAGAGUCUUCGAGGGAAUCAUCACAGUCCCCUCCAGUGUCUAGCUGUUGUUCGACAAAGCCCCAGGCGCCUACUACAGCCCCAGUCCCAGCCCCGGCUCCGGCUCAGAAUGGAGGGUCUUGCUGCGGCUCUCGCCCUUCCGCCACCGAACCUCAGCACUCAAAUGUGGAAAAACACCAAUUCCAGCAACCUGCUACUUGGGAUAGUCAAAAUCAAACGUACAUGCCGUUCGGCGUGCCAGAAAUGACCUCAUGGGGGAAUCAGACGAUGUCUACUCAUGGGAACUACAUGUCCGCCAUGAGUCAAACACCUUCCCACGCACCAAUCUUCCAAAAUGGGUUCUCGCAGAACGCAAUGCCUCCGCCAAACACUCAGCCGUCAAAUUCGAACGGUGGAUACCCACUCAAUGUGGCCACGCAGCCGUCGAUGGGAUACAACAACCCAAUGAACGGUUUGGGAAUCUCGCAACCCUCCAUGGGUCCCUACAUGCUCAACCACUCUCAUUCACCUUACCCCAUGCAAGCAGCAGCAAGUGAUGACCCUUGUCACGACUGCCGCUGUGGAGAGGACUGUCAGUGUCUGGGUUGUGCUGCUCACCCGUUCAACACUACAACACGAAAGCAUGUUCAAGAGAUGGGUGCCAUGAUUACGUUCAACGGCGACGACAAAACCCCAGAAUCCAUCAACCCUUAUCAAUCCUCACCAUUCCAGGGUUCUACACCUCCAGUUCCAUUCAACUAUUACAUGCAGGGCACCCCGUCCAUAGACCAUGCGUUCCAGCACAACCCGUUCGAUGGAUAUUCAGAUCCUAACUCUGCCAUGCCCAGCGGCUAUUCCUCCCCUCUGGCUGAUCCCAGCCUAAAUCAUCAAUUGAUGCACCCUUCGGAGUACUACACUCUGGAAUACCCAGUCGGAUUACCAAGCGCUUGCUCCGACGUGACAGGGAGCUGCCAAUGUGGAAGUGACUGCAGUUGCGUGGGCUGCCUUACACAUAGCGGCCACAACGGCUUCUCUCUCGAUACGCCGAUUCCCGAAGGCCCGUUCCCGGAGAAUACAGAGCAACAGCAAAAUCCUCCUCAUGUUCCACAUACAAGUUCUACUACUCCGACUGCACAAAUCCCCGUUCUGGACAAUGUGUCUGUGCCAUGCUUGAGCCCACGCACCAUGGAGACUUCGAUGAUCUAG